AUGGAUUCGCUGUCAAAGAAGAUCCAAAAUUUGGGAAUUCACGAUAUCAGAAACGCUGCUCGAUUUGCGCAAAACGUUAUAGUCCAGUAUGAACCCUACCAAGUUGACAUUCGGCGUGCAACCAACACGGACUCGUGGGGGCCCACGCCAAAACACCUGUUCAAGGUUAUGCGCAACAAGUACCAAGUUCCUUUGCAUUUGAUGACUGAAUACACGUUGAAAAGACUGGUAGACCACAUCGCCACAAGGCCCAAGAACCUUUACGAAAAGGCACGUAAGCAGUAUGUCAACUACGGGUGCGAAUGGCGUGUGAUUUUGAAGUGUUUGGUCGUUUUGGAGUUUUUAUUGUUGAACGUUGACACAGGCUCAGAGCUCGACCAGGUCACCAGCUGCUUACUCACGCAUAAACAAAUCUUGGUUCGCGACGUGAUGAACUUCCGGGUGGAAUUCAGCGCAGACGGCAAAAUGGAGGUGCACGAACGUGGUAUCAAAAAGAAGUGUGAGACCAUGAUUCAGUAUUUGGAGGAUCCUGCGUUUUUGAAAAGGGAACGCGCUAAACAUGUCAAAAACGCGGCCAAGAUUCAUCAUUCUGCAACUUCUUACUCAACCACAACGUCUGUACCUUCAUCGGGUACCCCAGAUGCGGUCUACGGCUCCUACGAUGAUGACGACGACGAUGACGAAGAACCUUACACAGUAAAUACAUCUGCUCCGGCCUCAAAUACCCCCGCAGCCAGACGCAGAACUUCUGCUGUGGACGAGCAACGACGCCAGAAGCGGGAAAUUCUACGGGAAAAGAUCAAAGCGAGCGAGCUUCAGCGUAAAGCAUCAUUAAAGAAAGCACAGGAGCCGCCCGUAGACCUAUUGAGCUUCGACGAUGUCGAACCGGCCGCACCAACUCAAAAUCAAACGCGAAAUGGGUCUAAAAGAGUUUCCAGCUUUGAACCUCCUGCUGCACUUGCCGACGAUGACGAUGACGAUGAUUUUGGCGAAUUUCAGAGCGACGGUAAUGCUCAAACAGCAUCUACAAACACGACGAGCAGUACAACUGGUGGUAUGGAUCUACUAAACUGGGACGGUCCUACUACCACUACCAAGCCAAGCGCCGGAGCUAAUGGCAACUCAAAAGAUGCAUUUGCGGAUUUGUUUUCGUAUUCCAAAACCCAUGCUUAA